GAUUACACACUUCUUUCUUCUACGAUCUCCUGGAACUGAAAAAUGCCAAAGCUGCUUUGGAGGAACUUCCACCUCUGUUUCUCCAAAAUCAAAUGCCUGCCCAGCAUCGAAUCCCCACCUUCACCUCCAAGCAAAGAUCAUGACAGCCAAUAUCCCUCACCCACCUCCCACAAUACUAGAUCAAUCAUCAUGAUCAACAACUUCAACUCCCUCUACGAUACUAUUUCCUCAUCAGACGAUCCCACCUCCAAAUCCCUCACCCCCUCCUUCAACACCAACUCCGACUUCUUAUCCUCCUCCGAUGACUCCGACGACACUGUAGUACUAACAGAUUCACCUCCCGACUUUGCCACCAUCUUCGCCUCCCAGCGGUUCUUCUUCUCCACUCCAGGCAGCUCCAACUCCAUUUUCGAGUCCCUGGACACCAGGCAAGUCCCUGAUCAUAACGCGUUAGUGAUCUCUGGAAGUGUCCAGGUGCCCAAGUACUCGCUAGAUCCUUACGUUGAUUUCCGGCGCUCAAUGCUAGAGAUGGUUGAAGCAAGAAAUCUCAUGGACGAGACAACUGAUCAAUGCGAAUAUUUGCACCAGCUUCUCUUGUGUUAUCUAACAUUAAAUCCCAAACACACCCACAAGUAUAUUAUUCGCGCUUUCGCCGACCUUGUCAUCUGUAAUUCCUCGUCCCCAUCUUCAUCGGCUUCAAAUCAUAGCCGCCGGGAGUCUAAGAACAGCCGGCAGCGAUGUAUUUCACGGCAAUUGCAGCUUGAUUUACAACGGUGAAUGAUGGUGGCUGAGCAGACAAAAAAUGGAUAGGGACGAUGGCAAAUGGUAUUAAUUAAACAAUAUCCGAAGUUCGUUCAAUGUUGUCCUUGUUUUUGUUGUGGUCCUGGCAACACCUUGGUGCAUGCGAAUAUAUAUACACAUAUAUAUUUGGAGCGUUUUGCACACAUAAUCACGAGGGGCAUAGCUUUGUAACUUAGAGCUGGCAUAUAUAGACGUUGCUUCUUUAUAGUUCUGUAAAUUAAUUAUAUGCAUGGGGGAUGUGUCUGGAAAGAUGAGAAUUAGUAGGAGUGAUUCUGUAAGCUUUAUCUUCAUCCAACUGAUCACCAGUUGUAGUAGGGAUAUAUUGUCUGGAAAGGUGGAAUUUCUUGUGAUUCUAAACUUCAGCUAGCUGGUAGUAAAGGAGUGGGAUGGAAAUGAUCUGGUACA